GGCAUGCUGGCUACAGCAUUCAAGAGGGCCGUUCCUUAACAAAGGGAAAGAUAAAUGUAAAUAAGCUCACAUUUUCAGAAUGGGCGCUUUGCUGUAAGAAGCUGCGGCAGCCCAGAGUCUGCUACUUUGGGCUGGGCUAACCUUUCCCUGUAAAAAAAUAAUGGAUUAAAAUAUGCACUUCUAAAGUGCGAGAUGCCCGUUUACAUGUUUAUUAGCUAAUUGUCUACAGGCAUGAGCACACUCUCUCAUCUAGCACACUCUUUCUUGGGGACGAAAACAUUUCCUACCUGUCCCUAGUCUCAGAGUGGUGAACCCUGCAGCCAGCAGGCCUCCUGAAAAAAAUCCAUGGGUGACAGAAGAUUCAUUGACUUCCAAUUCCAAGAUUUAAAUUCAAGCCUCAGACCCAGGUUGGGCAAUGCUACUGCCAAUAGUACUUGCAUUGUUGAUGAUUCCUUCAAGUAUAAUCUGAAUGGUGCUGUCUACAGUGUUGUAUUCAUCCUGGGUCUGAUAACCAACAGUGCCUCUCUGUUUGUCUUCUGCUUCCGCAUGAAAAUGAGAAGUGAGACUGCUAUUUUCAUCACCAAUCUGGCCCUCUCCGAUUUGCUCUUUGUCUGCACUCUACCUUUCAAAAUAUUUUACAAUUUCAACCGCCACUGGCCUUUUGGUGACACUCUCUGCAAGAUCUCUGGGACUGCAUUUCUCACCAACAUCUAUGGGAGUAUGCUCUUCCUCACCUGUAUUAGUGUGGAUCGUUUCCUGGCCAUUGUCUAUCCCUUCCGAUCUCGUACCAUUAGGACCAGGAGGAAUUCUGCUAUUGUGUGUGCUGGAGUCUGGAUCCUAGUCCUCAGUGGUGGCAUUUCAGCUUCUUUGUUCUCCACCACUAAUGUCAACAAUGCAACCACCACUUGCUUUGAGGGCUUCUCCAAACGUGUCUGGAAGACUUAUUUGUCCAAGAUCACCAUAUUUAUUGAAGUUGUUGGGUUUGUCAUUCCUCUGAUAUUGAAUGUCUCUUGCUCUUCUGUGGUGCUAAGAACCCUCCGCAAGCCUGCUACAUUGUCUCAAAUUGGGACUAAUAAGAAAAAAGUACUAAAGAUGAUCACAGUGCAUAUGGCAGUUUUUGUGGUAUGCUUCGUACCCUAUAACUCUGUUCUCUUUCUGUAUGCCCUGGUGCGCUCCCAAGCUAUUACCAAUUGCUUGUUGGAAAAAUUUGCAAGGAUUAUGUACCCAAUCACUUUGUGUCUUGCAACUCUGAACUGUUGCUUUGACCCUUUCAUCUAUUACUUUACCCUUGAGUCCUUUCAGAAGUCCUUCUACAUUAAUACCCAUAUCAGAAUGGAGUCCCUGUUUAAGACUGAAACGCCUCUGACCACAAAGCCUUCCCUUCCAGCUAUUCAAGAGGAAGUUAGUGAUCAGACAACACAUAAUGGUGGUGAAUUAAUGCUAGAAUCUACCUUCUAGGUACGAGAACUGUCUUUAGGUCCAGAUAUGGUUUCUCCUAUGAUUUUUCCUAUGCUAUGAGUAAGAGAAAAGAUUUGAAGCUAAUGAUACUGAGAAUAGAUUAAUGUACUGAGUGCAGUCAGAUACAUUUAUUUGAAUGUUUAUUGUACAUAUGCUGUUUUGUUCAAUAAUUAUAGGUCAGGUCUAAUUACAACAACCAAAACUCUUCUGCUGGGUUAGAAUUUUAUUGUAUCACAUUACGUAGGUGGUCAGUGGCCUUGACUUUAGUGAUAUGGAGAUCACUUUAAUACUUUUAAAAAGAUAUUUCCAUUCUGAUAAUAUUUGGUAAUUAGGUUGGGCCUAUAAAUAUAGAACAAAUUCAGGGAUUAUUUAAAAAAACCUUUUGUGUUACUACUGAUAAAUGCUAGACUUUUUUUUCCUUUUUUUGAAUUGUCAUUGAGUUUAUUUUAGCACAAGAACAUAUUUUAGCAUAACAUUAUUAAUAAAAAAUGUAUCAAAUUUAAAAGAGCUGGCAAAAUUUAUUGUAUAUAUUUUGAAAGCAGAAAGAUAAAUUGGGUUUGCAUGAAUAUGGGUGGGAAGAAACAGAAAAUUAACUGGAUUUACACAUCUGCAGUCACCGUCAGUUUUUAAAAACUGUUUUCGUUUUUUUACACUACGUUAAGAUUUUCGUAUGAAACUUCAAAUCCAGAAAGCUGCUGAAUAUGUGCCCAUGACAGGUGCAAAAUGGAAAAUCACAUAAAACAGCAAAUAUCCAUAAAAAAACUAAGCAACACCAACAUUUUUUUCUUAGAAUUUACAAUUAUCUUUCUUUUGAGAGACUGAUUUCUAUAAAAUAUUCUCCAUAUAAAAUUUUGGAGCACAAUGUAGCCAGAAAGCUGCUGCAUUUGUGCCCAGGUCAGGAGCAAAUUGAAAAAAAUUAACAACAAAAUAAUAACAAAAAUAAAACAAUAAAAGAAACAAAAAAACUUUCUCAAAACUUACAUUAAUGAUUUUGGGGGGAGAGGAGUUGACAUCUGUGACUUUAAAUUACUUAUUCUUUCUUAUUAACUGUUGGAGCACAAUAUAGCCAGAGAUGUGCUGAAUUUGUGCCCAGGCCGGGAGCAUAUUGAAAAAAUAUAUAUAAAGCAAACCAAUACAAACAAACAACAACAAUAAACCAGAAAAAACUACAAAACAAUAAAAACAACACAAACAACAAAAAAUAAUUCCUAACACUUGCAUUAAUAUUUUAUUUAUUUUUUUAAGGAUCUGUAAAUUUAAAAAUACUGUAUCAUUUGAAUGAAAUUUUGGCGUACAACAUAGGUAGACAUCUGCUAAUUUUGUGCCCAGGUGAAGACCGCAUUGGAAAAAAAAAAAACAUAAAACAAAACAACCCCCUACAAAACAAAACAUAAAAAAGCACACAAAAAUUUAUAACAUAUUUUUUGAGCUUUUGUAAAACUAGCAAAAUACUAUAACGUUCAUAUGAUGCUUUGGAUCAAAAUGCAGCUAGGAAGCUGUUAAACUCAUGCCUGAUUCAGGAGCAAUUAAAAUCAAUAUUUUAAAAUGUACAAAAGAAGAGAAAACAUUUGUUAUAACUCACUUAAACAACAAAAGCAACAAAAAAAAUCCAUAAAAACUCUUACCAUUUAUUGGAGGAAGUGUAGAUUUAAGAAUGUUAAGACUUGUAAAUAAAAUUUCUGGGCACAAUGUAGCUUGAAAGAUGCUACAUUUGAGCUCAUGUCAGAAACAAUAGAAAUAAAUACCAUCACCUACAUACUACACACAUACACACACAUGCACACAAGAAUUAAAACUGCAAAACAACAAAAAUAUUCUUAAAAUGCACAUUAAUCAAUUUAAAAAUAUUUGGAUGCUGUGACAAUUUAAAAACACUAAGACUUUUUACUCAAAAGUUCUAGGAGCAAAGCAUCAUUUAAGCUGGUGAACUUGUGCCAGGGAGUGAUUAAAAAGAAAAUAAAGACCAUAAAACAAUAACAAAAAAAUAAAAAUUUUUAACCAUCAAGCAAAUUCUUAAAGCUCUCAUUAACCGUUGUUUUUCUUUCUGAUGAUAUGUAGAUUUAAAAAUACUAAGAUUUUAAAGUAAAAAUCUGUGAGCAUAAUUUAACUUUAAAAACUGAUAAAUCUGUGCCUGGGUUAAGAACUAAUUGAAAAAAAAUUCUAAAACAAUAGAACAGUAAUAAAAAUGAAUUCUCAAAAAUGGCAUUACUUUUUCCAUGUGAUCUAAAGUCCUAAAAAUGAUCAUGCAUUGUAUUGUCUUGUGAAAAAAAGUUAUAGAUAGAAUAUAUAAGGCAUUAAGUUCAGUUAGAUGAAACUAGGCUAAGUUAGUCUAAGUUCAGUUGUUACGUUAUGUUGUAAGAUCAAAUUAAUAAUAAGAGUAUGAAUAAUCUUUUUG